UAUUAUAUGCCACGUUAUUAACUUGAAGGACAAAUUCUUUAAAAAAAAACAAAAAAACAACAACAGGCUAAUUAAAACAAUAACAACAGUGACACAUAGAUACCUUUCUAAACAGCUAAACUGGUCGGGGGAUGCCAGUUAACAUGUAUCCAGUCACUACAAAAAUCUACUCUACUUCGCUAUCGAUGUUGUAAAGAUACGGAAACAAAAAAUACACAGCUAAAGUGUCAUGGAAAGACAACACUGUCAAGAUCUUCGGCUACAGCCUACAUAACUUUAAAGAUCAGGUUAAAUGGUACCAGUGAUUCCGUCAUUCGUAAUUAGACGUAGUUCUACAAGGGCUGACCAGCGCAGCGCGAUGCACCACAUUACUCAAGUUUUAUUCAGCGCAAAAGAUUUUAUACAGCCGAUCACAAACACUGCUAGAUGUUUUCCAUCCAGACUACCGCGGUGACAAGAGAGCGCGGCCUUGUCGUGUCGUUUGGUGGAGCAGACGCGGCGCGGCUCUGCGAAACUGACGUGUUUUGCGCAUUUCCUGCACUAGCGCUCAGACAGUUGGAGAGGGGGGAGAGAGAGAGAGAAAGAGAGAGAGAGAGAGAGAGAGAGACGCAGGUCUGCAGGAAACCGAGUACCGACGACGAGAAAAGAGCCAGGGAGGCUGAAACGAGUACGAAAACCGCACCAAUUCGCAGCCUACCCUCGGACCUAAACCCCUAUUUCCUUCGACCGACCGGAGGAGGCUCGCGUGGUAAAUGUUCCAGAUGCACGGAGGAGAAGCUAGGGACAUCCCGUGCUCCAGUUUAAGGAGGAACAGGAGUGUUUAUGGUGAAGAAGGUUGCCCCCGAGGAGGUCCACUUCUGGCAUAUUUUUACUCCCAGUGACUUGAGGUGUGGAAUGGUCGUUGUAUGUCUGCUGGAAGAUUGGGUUUGUGUGUGUGUGUUUUUUUUAAACGUCUUAAUGGUCGUUCUCCGUGAAGGGGGUUUUGUCGGAUUCCAUACCACAUGUAUGAUUUCAGCGUGGAAAACAACGGAGAAAAGCCCAAAGUGAAAUCCUUCUCCCUAUUUGGACUAGACUUUGCAUAUCUGCGAGGACGAGCAUUGUACCGUUAGGAGAAACUAACAGAAGUCGAAAACGGAGAAUCGGCUGGGAGAUUUUCUGUAGCUGUCCUGUUGAAUAAUUUACCGAGUCCCGAACUGGCAACCAUACAGGACCGUCCAUUCAAAAGCGUUUGGUUUGGCAUUAGCCGUAAAUAACUACGCGAACACCAUGGUGGUUUUCAAUGGAUUGUUAAAGAUAAAGAUUUGUGAAGCUUUGGACUUGAAGCCGACAGCCUGGUCUCUGAGACACGCUGUCGGCCCAAAGACCCAGACCUUUCAGCUAGACACGUACAUCGCCCUUAACGUGGAUGAUUCUCGUGUAGGUCAAACCUCCACCAAACAGAAAACCAACAGCCCGGCCUGGCACGAUGAGUUUGUCACAGAAGUGCGCGACGGGAGGAAAAUCGAGCUGUCGGUGUUUCACGACGCGCCUAUCGGAUACGAUGAUUUUGUAGCCAACUGCACCAUUCAGUUCGAAGACCUGCUGCAGAACGGCAGCAAACACUUCGAGGACUGGAUAGACUUGGAGCCCGAAGGGAAGGUGUAUGUCAUUAUUGACUUGUCUGGGUCUUCCAGUGAAGGAGGCGGCUGCGAGAAUGAGGAGCGGGUGUUUCGUGAGCGCGUGCGGCCCAGGAAGAGGCAGGGUGCCGUGCGCAGGAGAGUGCACCAGGUCAACGGACACAAGUUCAUGGCCACCUACCUGCGGCAGCCCACCUACUGCUCACACUGCCGUGACUUCAUCUGGGGUGUCCUAGGCAAGCAGGGCUACCAGUGUCAAGUGUGCACAUGCGUGGUCCACAAACGCUGCCACCAGCUCAUCAUCACCAAAUGCGCCGGCCUCAAGAAACAGGAGGACAUGGCCGAGGAGGUGGGCUCGCAGCGCUUCAGUGUAAACAUGCCUCACAAGUUCAGCAUUCACAACUACAAGGUGCCCACUUUCUGUGAUCACUGCGGCUCGCUGCUCUGGGGGCUAAUGCGGCAGGGGCUGCAGUGCAAAGUUUGCAAGAUGAAUGUACACAGGCGCUGCGAAAGUAACGUUGCCCCUAACUGCGGGGUGGACGCGCGGGGGAUCGCCAAAGUACUGUCCGACCUGGGGGUGACGCCUGAUAAGAUCUCCAGCAGCGUGCAGCGAAGGAAAAAGAUUAGUCAAGGCCCAGAUCCACAGCCUCUGCCGAUUUCCCCACAAAUGGAGGAGGACCGGUCCAAAUCUGCACCCACGUCGCCAUGUGACCAGGACAUGAAGGAUCUGGAAAACAUGAGGAAGGCACUGUCAUUCGACCACCAAGAGGAGGAGCAUAAACCCGACCCGCCUCCAUCCCCGAGCAAGGGCGGGUCCGAGGAGACGGGGGAGGGGCGCGAGAACGGGGAGGUGAAGACGCUGCAGACCAAGCGGAUGAGCCUGGAGGAUUUCAGCUUCAUCAAAGUUCUUGGCAAGGGCAGCUUCGGCAAGGUGAUGCUGGCUGAGCUGAGAGGCACAGACGAGGUGUACGCAGUGAAGGUGCUGAAGAAGGACGUAAUCCUGCAGGAUGACGACGUAGACUGCACCCUGACUGAGAAGCGCAUUCUGGCCUUGGCCAGGAAGCACCCCUACCUGACCCAGCUCUUCUGCUGCUUCCAGACCAAGGAUCGCCUGUUCUUCGUGAUGGAGUAUGUGAAUGGAGGGGACCUGAUGUUCCAGAUUCAGCGCUCACGCAAGUUUGAUGAAGCCCGCUCACGUUUUUACGCAGCUGAGGUCACCUCUGCUCUCAUGUUCCUCCACCGGAACGGGGUGAUUUAUAGGGACCUGAAGCUGGACAACAUCCUGCUGGACGCGGAGGGCCACUGCAAGCUCGCCGACUUCGGCAUGUGCAAGGAGGGCAUCCUGGGCUCCAUCACCACCACCACCUUCUGCGGCACGCCUGACUACAUUGCGCCUGAGAUACUGCAGGAGCUGGAGUACGGCCCGUCAGUGGACUGGUGGGCCCUGGGCGUGCUCAUGUAUGAGAUGAUGGCGGGACAGCCCCCGUUCGAGGCCGACAACGAGGACGAUCUGUUUGAAUCCAUCCUCCAUGAUGACGUGCUCUACCCGGUGUGGCUGAGCAAAGAGGCCGUGAGCAUCCUCAAAGCGUUCAUGACGAAGAGUCCCAAUAAGCGGCUGGGCUGUGUGGCGGCCCACGGCCUGGAGGAAGCCAUUAAAGUGCACCCAUUCUUUAAAGAGAUUGAUUGGGUGCUACUGGAGCAGAGGAAAAUCAAGCCCCCCUUCAAACCGCGCAUUAAAACCAAGCGAGAUGUCAAUAACUUUGACCAGGACUUCACCCGUGAGGAGCCUGCGCUCACACCUGUAGAUGAUGCCAUCAUCAAACAGAUCAACCAGGAUGAGUUCAAGGGCUUCUCCUACUUUGGUGAAGAGACUCCGUCCUAGGACUACAACUCCCAUCUCCUGCACACAACGUUUCCACUUCUGUAGACCUGUGCCAUUUCACCUUUAAGAACUGAAUGAAGAGCAUUUAUAGUAUGAUAGUAUGAGUCUACAUGUCUAACUAAACACUGCUCGUGCAGUUAAUCUGUUUGGAUUUCUUUAUUUAUUUUUUUAAGAAUGACGUUCAGCAAGAAAAUACAUUAAUACACACACACACACACACACACACACACACACACACACAGUGGUGGAAAUAUAUACCCAGGCAGAAACCCUGGUGAGAGAGAAUUUACUUGAAAAAUGUCAGUGCUCAUCCAAUAAAUUACUUGAAUAAUAAUUAUAGUAAUAGCUUUAUUUAUUAUUAUUACUCAAGUGGAUUACUGAAUAAGCACUUCAUAUUAAGGAAUUUCAUUAGCAACUACCCAAGUAAACCUAUAUGUAUUGCUUUUUUAUUGACCAUGUGGCUUUGUUUAUUUUUCCAGACACGAGUGUAAACUGCCUAGGUUUGAGUCAGCAUUACCUUAAAGCUGCACUAUGUAGGUCUGGCGAAUCUGUUGUGCUCUUUUCCUAGAGUGCGUUGGUCUGGUGUUUGCGAGUGCAUUCGCGUUGAAGGAGCGUUCAGAGACAACUCGAUCAGAGCUAUCAUCAGUAUUGUGGACACUGGCUAGAAGAAGGUACUGACCUGUAGAAAGAUACGGCAAAACAAUAUGCAUUUGCUCUGCUUUGAAACUAUACAUUUUUGCUGGAUAUUUGCACUGGCAUUGCUAUUAGCAAAUAGCACUUCUGUUAAAAUAUAGAUAACGUAACAUGAACCAGUAAGCCCAAUGUGCCCUUAAGAAGCUUCAAUUAAGUUAAUUUUUCAAGUUAGCCAUCAUUAACCAUGUGUUCUCCAGAUAGUUUGAUUCCUGCUCCAGAUAUUUUGCUUCCUUUUGUGAGAAUUUAUAUUAUAUACGGCAUUGUUUACACGACACAGACGGAAGCGCUGGAAAUGAUCUGGAAAUAACGGCUAGCCAGGUUUGUCAAACAAAAAAAA